AUGGCCGUUCGAACGGCCGGAAGUGGCGUCACGCCGCGCGCCGCAGCACCCGGCCGCGCUUCCGGUGACGUCACCCAGGGGCGCCGCACCCGGAAGCGCCAGCGGGGCAGGCCCCCCCGCAAACUCUACGAGAAGAAAUUCUACGAGUUCGAGACCCGGCGGUGGCGCAGGGGGGGCGCGGGGGGCUCGGGGGUCCUGGGGGCCCGGGGAGGGCUCAGGGGGUCCCGGGUGCCCCUGACCCUCCCCCUGCCCCCAGACGUGUUCCACUGGCCGUGCCUGGCGGCGUGGGCGCGGGCGCUGCCCCCCAGCACGGCCCCCGCCGGGCACCGCUGCCCCCAGUGCGGGGGGCCGCUCUUCCCGCCCCCCAACCUGCAGGGCCCCGUGGCCGAGGCGCUGCGGGCGCGGCUCCGGACGGCGCCGUGGGCCCGGCCCGGCCUGGGGCUGCCGCUGAUCGAGGACUCGGAGGAGCUGCCGGAGCCCGAGACCUCCACGGAGCCCGACGGGGGCUGGGACGCCCCCCUGGCGCCGCCCCAGCCCCCCCCGAGCCCCCCAGCCCCCCACGCCGUCGUCCACAUGGGGGGCGAGACCCCGACGCUGCACGCCGGCUCUGCCCCACGGAAGCCCCUGGGGGGCCGUGAGGCCCGGAGCCCCCCCGACCACGACGAGGACAAAUACCGGCGGCGGCCGCUGGCCUGGCUGCCCCCCAAGCUCAGGUGCCGCGCGCGCGGGGCCCCGCGGCGCCCCCUGCUGGCGCUGUGCCUGGGCGGGGCCGCGGCCUUCGCGCUGCUGCUGCUCCUAUUGGCCAGCCUGGGCAGGGGCGGGGCCGACUCCGACCCCGCCCUCGAGCCGCUCAACAACCCCCACGUGCGGGUGGGGCACUGACCACGCCCCCGGGGCGGGGCCGGGGCGGGCGUGGCUAAUAAAGGGCGCCCCCCUGUGGGGAGGGAGGCACAAGCGUC